AUGCCCCCCACCCAAGCCGACGACAAACGCCAAGCAGCCCGCGAAGUCAUCGACAUUCUUCAUGAGAUUUCCACCCUCCUAAACACCCAUCUGGACCGCACGGAGCUCUCGCUUUGUGUCUCGCUUAUUGAGAAUGGGGUCAAUCCGGAGGCUUUGGCGGUUGGUUUCUUCCCUGAGUUUCUUCGUUGGGCUGUGAUUAAGGAUUUGAGGAAGGAGGCUGGGUCUGGAGGUAGGGGGUUUGGUGAGCAGCAGCAGCAGUAUGAGUGA